ACGGAAAAGACCAUACCACCCUCACUUUCCCAGUGACCUUCCAAAUCCAUUCUGGUAAUUUCGCAUCACCCUUACAAACACCCUUCCACUUUGGUCAUCUCCACCAACUCGUCAUCACCACCGCUCGAUCAAUGGUCACCACCGACGAAUCUCAGCCGUCCAUCCUCACCGCCCCUCUUCUUCCCUCCACCUCUGCCUCCACCUCCAUCUCCGGCGCCGUUUCGAGCUCCGGCGCCGUCUCCGAUGAUGAUGACCACUUCCCUCCCAUCUCCUUCAACCAUGGCCGCCGCCCAAUCCGCGACAUCCCCGCCUUCAUCCUCUUCCUCCUCCUCUCCCUCGCCACGCUCUCCCUCGGCAUCGUCGCCCUCAUCCGCCGCAACCCCUCCUUCUCCCAUUCCCACUCCUUUGUCUUCGAUCCCAUCUCCUCCUCCUGCGUCCCCUCUCGCCGUCUCUCCAACUCCUUCCUCCUCUCCGGCUCCCCUUUCUUCAAGGAUCUCCUCGUCGUCCUCAUCCUCACUUUCCUCCUCAGCCUCCCCAUCGUCCUCUUCUUGCUCUGGCUUCUCAAGCAUUUCGCCAAGCAGGUGAUCUACGCUUGCAUUCCCUUCUUCAUCAUCAUCCCCACCUUCCUCAAUGUCUACUGGUUCGUUUCCUGCACCGUCUCCUCCUCCUGCCGUUCCGGCUUUCCCCUUGCCUACCGCGUGCUGGUCCUCAUCUUCGUGUUUCUUCUUGUUAUGAUCAUUCUCUGGAUCAUCGUUGCUAACUGGAAUCGUGUGGAGCUCACUGUGCACAUAGUUAGGGUUGCGGCUGAUGCUUUGUUUCAUAAUCUCGCAUUGUUUUUGGUGCUGCCGGGGUUGACUGUGGGGUUCUUGAUCAAUGUUGGAUUGGUUUCCGUGUUCUUGGUGUUUGCGAGGUUUAAUGGGAGCAUUGAGCCGAUGGUUGGGGCGGAUGGGAAGUAUUACUGUGAGUGGCGGCAGGAGGGGUGGGUGCCGGCGUACUUUGCGCUGGCGAUUGUGACAUUGGUCUGGACGGCGGCUUCAAUGGUGGAGGCGCAGGUGUUUGUGAUUAGUGGCACGAUUGCACAGUGGUAUUUCUGCAAGGAAGGUGUGAAACCUAGGAGGAGUAUAAGGACAUCUUUGAGAAAUGCCUUUGGCCCUUCUUUUGGCACAGUUUGUUUCUCAGGGAUGAUCAUGGGUGCUGUUCGUGUUAUCCGUGCGAUUGUAGAUAGUGCAAAAAGAGAAGGCAUUGCGCCAGGAAUUGUAAAUUUCAUAACGCAGUGUUGUGCUAAAGUACUGCUCUCUGCCUGUGACUUUGUCAACAAGUUUACAAUCAUCUUUACUGCAAUAACGGGCGAGGGCUAUUGUUCUUCUGCGAAGAUGACAUAUGAGCUUCUCAAGAGAAACCUCCUAUCUGCUGUUUUUGUUGAGACAGUUUCCACACGUGUAUUGGUUGGAAUCAUUUUUGUCCUCUCAACCUUGUAUGCAAUUGUGGUUUGUGCGAUUCUGAAGGCAGUAAGUGAUCUGAAUGGAGAAAUUUAUCUUGUUGCCCUAUUCGCAUGGCUGCUACUCAUUAUCCUGUUGGGUUUCUUUGUUCACGUGUUGGACAAUGUGAUCGAUACUGUUUAUGUAUGUUAUGCAAUUGAUCGUGACAAAGGUGAAGUGUGCAAACAAGAUGUCCAUGAAGUAUAUGUGCAACUUCCUCUCAGUAGGAACCACAGACCCACCCUCAACCCAAGAAGUACAUUGCUUGUAUGACAACCUGUUUUUCCAUUGUUAUAUCAUUAGAUGCUAAGUUCCUCUGUCUAGAAAUGGCAUGACACAUCUGUAUUUCAAGCUCUCUAGGAAUAACCUUGUUCUUGGCCUAAAUUAAUUUAUCCAACCCUUAGCUUAUUAUUACCCCUUGGAACCUAGUAGAUUACACUAUACCUUAAUUUCAGUUUUGUGUAAAAUGAUGGAUUUCUGUAAUCUUUGUGUACAAUAACCGAAGAAUGAUACCUGGUUUCUUGUCUUGUAUGUGGGGAAGCUGUGUGGGCUUCCAUUUGUAUAUUGGUCUCUAGAUUGAUUAAGGGAGUAUUAAUUUUAUAAAGUCGUUUGUGUUUUGUUGUA